GCGGCCAUGGGGCUGCAAGGGAUCAAGGCGGUCUUCUUCGACUUGGACAACACGCUGAUCGACACGGCCGCGGCGAGCAGGGCAGCCAUCGAGGCGGUGAUAGAUGCUUUGCAGUCAGUGCAUCACUGUGAUGAGAGAGAAGCUCACAUGAUCUGUGAUAAAGUCCAAGCCAAACUUCUCAAAGAGUGUCAUGAUCCUGCUAAGAUGUGUAUUACUGACCUAAGGAUUCAACACUGGGAAGAAGCGAUACAAGAGACAAAGGGAGGAAACGCCAAUCGCAAUCUGGCUUCGGAAUGUUAUUUCCUUUGGAAAACCACCCGCCUGAAACAUUUGACCUUAGCAGAUGAGACCAGAGGGAUGCUCAGUGACCUUAGAAAAGUUGUCCGUUUGCUUCUACUGACAAACGGAGACACACAGACCCAGAGAGAAAAGAUCGAAGCUUGUGCUUGCCAGCCCUACUUCGAUGCUAUCGUAGUGGGUGGAGAGCAGAAAGAAGAGAAACCGGCGUCAUCCAUAUUUCAUCACUGCUGUGAACUUCUGGGUGUUCAGCCUCAGGAUUGUGUGAUGGUUGGUGACUCUCUAGAUACAGACAUUCAAGGAGGCCUGAAUGCAGGUUUGAAAGCAACGGUCUGGAUAAAUAGGACAGUAACUGCCCCAAAAGACGCUGCUCCAGUCCCCCACUAUGUAAUUUCUUCUGUCCUUGAUCUCCCUGGGCUUCUACAGAACAAUGGAGUUGCUAACUCAGAAAUGAACAAAAUGGCUAGCAUCUGUAAUGCAUGCGAUUGCUCCAGUGAGGAUUCUAGGUCUUUAGCUUACUAGUGGUAGUGCCAAAGGAUGUUUUCAAUGUGGGGCUUAAACUGGUUUUCUUAAAUUGCUCAGUAACGUGAACAUAAAAUGUAUACUGGCUACAAAGCACAUUUGAUUUCUCUCUAAUUUCUACAUCAU